AAUUUUGCUUACUUAACUUUACAAAAAUGAUCGCUAGGUGGAUUCAUCAUAUUAAGGCGAAAAGUCAAAACAUUACAUUAAACGUCAUAUUGUUAUAAUUUUAUAACUAUUUUCUUAUAAAAUGUUAAUUUAAAAAGAAAAUAUAAUCCUAUUCGACAAUGGCAACACACAUUCAAGACAGCAUCAACAUCCAACAGUUACCAAGCGAGGUUACAUCGUUAAUUUUAAGAAAUUUAGAUGGAAGAUCGUUAACCAACGCUGCAAGAGUUUGUCGAGGUUGGUCAAAUGUAUGUGAUACAGAUCCAAUUUUAAAAACGACUAUGCGUAAACAAGAAUCGAAGAGGAGACGGUUACGUUGGUGCAGAGCUAGAUACGGUGAUGGGGUGAUAAGAAACGGUAAUUUAAAAGGGCCAAGAGGUGUCGUUUUAAGGCGAAAGAUAAGAAUCGCCCAAUACAAGUGCUUAUUGACUUUAAUGGGAUUAAAGAGUAUGUGGGAGAGUUUUUAUUAUUAUUUAUUAUUCUAUGAUAGAGAUUUAGAUUGAUUUUUUUGAUUUCAUUUGGUAUAAAUUGGGAUUAUUUUCAUUGUUCACCAUGUAAAUAAUGUUAAUUAACCCUUUAACAUAAUUUAAUCAACAUUUUCAUAAAUAAUAAAGGGUUAUGAUGGUU